AAGUUUGACUGCAGCUGCUUUCAGUUUCUUUACAGCUACCGUAAGAGGCAGCAGGAGCAGCUGCAGCAGGGACUUGUGGCUGCAGAGACUUGGUGCAUGCUCUGUGUUCUAUCUGGGAAGAAUCCUACUGCUGCUUCUAAAGGAAACGUGCAGUCACCAUGGAGCAUCACUGCGGUUUAAUCACAGGCAAGAAGGAGAUGGUGCCACUGAAGAGCAUCUCUGUAACCCUGUCUAUCAAUGACUUUGUGGCUGAUGUGUCUGCAACCUUAAAUUAUGAGAAUGAAGAGAAAGCCCCAAUAGAAGCUCUCUUUGUCUUCCCCAUGGAUGAAGACUCUGCUGUCUACAGCUUUGAAGCUUUGGUGGAUGGGAAGAAAAUUGUGGCAGAAUUGCAGGACAAGACGAAGGCACAUUUCAACUAUGAGGAAGCCCUCUCUCAGGGCUAUGAAGCUUACUUAUUGGAAGAGGAUGACUACUCCAGAGAUGUCUUUUCUUGCAAUGUGGGGAACCUCCAGCCUGGAGCUAAGGUGGCAGUUACCCUGAGGUAUGUGCAGGAACUUCCCCUGGAAACAGAUGGGGCCCUGCGCUACUUGCUUCCGGCAAUCUUGAAUCCGAGAUACCAGCUCUCAGAACAGUCAGCGAACAGUUGCCUGAAUAUAAAGAGCCCCAUAGAUCCUUUGAAGGACCUGCCCUACACACUCAGCAUGGUUGCCACCAUCACUUCCCAGCAUGGCAUUGAGAAGGUCCAGUCCAACUGUUCCUUGAGUCCUGUUCAGUACCUUGCAGAUGACAAUACUUCUGCUCAGGUUUCCUUGGCUGAAGGACACAAGUUUGACCGAGAUGUGGAACUCCUGAUUUACUACACUGAGGUGCACAGCCCAAGCGUAGCUGUGGAAAUGGGGAUGCCAGACAUGAAGCCAGAUAGUUUGAUGGGAGCUCCUUCUGCAAUGGUGAGCUUCUACCCAGAUAUCCCAGAAGUGGAGGCCUCAAGGGCCUGUGGAGAAUUUGUAUUUCUCGUGGACCGCUCAGGAAGUAUGGAAUCCCCCAUGAGUAACCAAAACAAUUCUCAGCUGCGCAUAGAAGCUGCCAAGGAAACUCUAUUGCUGUUGCUGAAGAGCUUGCCUAUGGGUUGUUAUUUUAACAUCUAUGGAUUUGGAUCUACCUAUGAAAAAUUCUUUCCGGAGAGUGUGAAGUACACUCAGGAAACAAUGGAGGAGGCCGUGAAAAGAGUGAGGGAUCUAAAAGCAGAUCUAGGAGGCACUGAAAUCUUGACACCACUCUGCAACAUUUACAAGGCAUCCUCUAUUGCUGGCCAUCCCUUACAGAUUUUUGUCUUCACAGAUGGAGAAGUUAGUGACACCUUUAGUGUCAUUAGAGAAGUUGAGCUAAACCACAAGAAACACAGAUGUUUCUCAUUUGGCAUUGGGGAAGGAGCCUCCACCAGUUUAAUCAAAGGCAUUGCCCGGGUAUCAGGAGGCACUGCAGAAUUUAUCACAGGCAAGGACAGGAUGCAAGCCAAGGCUCUGGGGACUCUGAAGUUUGCUCUACAGCAUGGAGUUGAUGACAUAUCUCUGAGCUGGGAUUUGCCUCCUCGUUUAUAUGCUAAGAUGCUUUCUCCAGAGCAGACUGUCAUCUUUAAGGGUCAGAGGUUAAUUAUCUAUGCCCAGCUGGCUGGGAUUAUCCCUCAAGGGGAAAGCUCAGGAGCAGUGUGCCUCAAAUACUCCCUUCAGGGCAAGGCUCUUGAAAACAGGGUGACAUUUUCCCUACAACCCAAGGAAAACGCCAGCUUCACCAUUCAUCGGUUGGCUGCAAAGUCCUUGAUUCAGAACAAAGACUUGGGCUCCAAUGAGACCUCAGAAGAAGCAAAAGAGGAUGUGAAGAACAUCAGCAUUCAGUCUGGAGUUCUUAGCUCCUUCACAGCUUUCAUCGCCAUAAACAAGGAGCUGAAUCAGCCAGUACAGGGGCCUCUGGCUCAUAGAGUGAUUCCAAGGCCAAUGACUUACGGAUCUUCUGAUAUGUGUAUGGUUAGCAUGCUAUGCACAGGAAAAGUACUACAGUCUAAGAGUAAUAUGCCUCUGGCUUUUAGCCCGAGAAAUGCUGUACGUGGUGCAUCCCUAUCUUUGAAAAGCAACAAAAAGGUCAAAAUGGCAUGUUCUUCCACCAAGAAAAACAACUUGCAAAAUGACCCCCAAGCUUUUGGAGAGAAUGUUGUUGUGCAGCUGAUUUCCCUUCAAAAGGCAAAUGGCUCCUGGAACCUGGAUGAAGAUCUGACCAAAAUCCUGGGCACUAAUUUAGAAGAUGCCAAGGUUGCAAACCCUGCCAUGCAUGGGGAUCCCUCAGCCUGGGCCACAGUGCUGGCUGUGCUAUGGUUGCAUGCCAAUGGAAAGGACUUGAAGUGUGAGUGGGAGCUUCUGGAAAGGAAAGCCGUGGCCUGGCUUCAUGACCAUGCAGGCUCCUCCAUCCCCGCACUUGUGCAAGCUGCCAACAGUCUCCUGAAAUUAUCUGUGAAUCCUGCUGCCUUUGACAUCUGAGGAUGUCACCCAUGAAAGAAGAGCGUUUCCUGGCUACUACCUACUCCUGCACUUCUUGGCUGAGAUGGCUUUUGGUUUUUAUGUUUAACUUUUUCUUUCUUGUCACUUAUACAAUGGACUACUACUCAGCUAUUAAAAAUAGGGCAGCAUGAAAUUUGCAGUCAAAUGGAUGGAACUGGAAAAUAUCAUCCUCAGUGAGGUAACCCAGAAGCAGAAAAAUACACAUGGUAUAUACUCACUUAUAAGUGGAUAUUAGCCUUAAAGUACAAGAUAAGCGCACAGACCCAUAUAUCCAAGAAGCUAAAUAACAAGGAGGGUGCAAGGGAGGAUGCUUAACUCUCACUCAGAAGGGGAAAUAAAAUUCUACAAAUGUUCUUGUGACAUUUUUAAAAUUUUGGUUGUGUCUCAAUCUUCAUUUUGGAAUAUUCUUUUGCCUUAGAAAAAAACCUCAAUGUAAAAUACUUUCCAAAAGCUCAGCUAAUUUUCUUUCACCUUUAACUUUGGAUACAUAUAGAUAUUUUUUUAAAUAAUGAGGUGAAUGACAUAGAUGAGUCUUAAAAGGCAACCAAAUGGGAGGAGAGCAUUGAGGAUAAACUAAAAAUAUAAUAACUAGUGUUUCCUACUGUGCAUAUAAUCUUGAAGGAACAUUUUUCCCACUUUGGAACCAUCUCUUUACAAUAAAACAACCAUCCUCAUUUUAUGAUUGGAUCAUGAAUAGAGGUAACAAAGUAAUUGCUCCCUUAGAGCUAUCCCUGAACUCCAAGCAGGAGCUAAUAGGAUCUUCAAAAUGCUUUAAGCCAGUGCUCUGGGGAGAGAGUGUUCUGGUAUUAAUUGUAUAAGCUAAUGAGAUGUAAUUUUUCAUAAGUGGAGAAGAAGGCUCCUUCGCCUGGAGCACACUGUUCUGCUCAUAAAAAGGAAAUUUGAUUUCUAGUUAUUGUACUUUGGGAAACUGGGGUCAUGUUUUCAGGACCACAGACUGAGUACUCAAACUUCUGCCAAUGUCUGCCUCUUACACACUAACAGGUAACACACAUGGAACUUCCUGAUCCUUGGAAAAUACAUUUUCCUGAAAUCAAUUAGAAAAUCUAAUGAGGCUAUGGAAUCACAGAACACAAUGGUGUCUGAGCAUAAACAAAGACCAGAAACUGAGAGUCUUUGCUUAUCAACGGGAGGGUGUGGAGGGCUCACUGGAAUUGAAGCUGUUCAGAAAUGAACAGCAGUUGUAAAAAGUAAGUGCUCUCAGCCUUGGCCUCACAAUGUCACUGUGUCUUUCUUUACAGUCUAAACUAAUAUCAAGAUAUCGAGAUAGAAUAUGUGAGAGGAAGAAAACAUGUCAUGUGAUUUCUAAAAUAAAAUAAAAUUGUAAAUAAAACCAGGGAGAUGGCUCAGUGGGAAAAGGUGCCUGCCUGAAUCACCUGAAUUUAACCCCUGGAAUCAACAUGGUGGAGAGACAGAACUGACUCCCUCAAAUUGUCCUCCAACCACUACACAGACAUCAUGGCUAGUGUAUGCAUGAGCAAACACACACACACACACACACACAUACUAAAUUUAAAAACAAAUAGAAUGAAAGACUGAGGGAAAAGGAGACAUGAAGUCUUCCUUCACUUUUAUUUGAAGCAGCCAUAAGAGCUUUCAGGAAUGGCUUCAUUUUCCAACAGUAAAAGAGGUUUUUUCAGGAAGCAGAGACAGAACAGAUAGUACUAAAGAUUACAAGCACAGACAUUAAAUAAAACAAGCAAAGCAAAUUCCUUUAUGAAUUUGAAUGCUAGUUUUCUGGCUGCAGAUCUGAUUUACAAUAGAAAAAAAACUUUAUGGAUAUAUAUAUAUAUUGCUUUGGUUUGGUUUUUGAGACAGGGUUUCUUGUACACUCCUGACUGUCCUGAACUGGCCUUGUAGACCUGGUUGGUCUUGAACUCACAGAUAUCUUCCUGCCUCUGCUUCCCCAAGUGCUGGGAUUAGAGGCAUGUACUGCUGUAUCGGGUGGAUAAAUAUUUUUUUAAAAGAAUCCUUAUCUACAAAUGACUCGUUGGUACCGAGUGAUACUGAAUGUCUGUGCAAUGGCCAUUAUUGUCACCAUUGUUACUUAUGCAAUUGUGGGUGGAAAGGUUCUUUGUCUCCUCAGAUUUCUAUUCUGCUUUUGACUUACAUAACCCUCUCUCUUAAUUCUGUUCCUUAUCUUAUGCAGGCCACUCUAUCUUCCAUUUUAUCAGAGUAGUGCCUUUUAUAUGCACUUUGCUUCUACAAACAGCUCUAGAACUCAUAGAAUGUGGCCCACCAGUUAGCAGAGCCCUGAUGGGUAUGUCUUGGUGUGGCCAUGGCCCUAAGAGCUACAUGUACUGAGGACUUCAUGCUCUUAAUGGAGCAUGGCUCUGCUUGUUAUCUUUGCAGGCUUUAUAAUCUUCCUAAUUUACAAACUAUAUGAAAACUUUAAGGGACCGUCCAGCCCCUCAUUGAACAGUAUUUCUUGCACUUACAAUUAACAAUGCUUAAUCUCUUCUAGGCAUGGUGGUUGGAGCAGAUAAUGAUUUAACCACCACUCUGAGAAGAACCUGCAGAUGUAGAUUGUUAGCAAUGACUACUACCCUUAGAAAGAAUUUGGAAAAACAGAUUGUUUAGCAAGGUUAGGUAAAGAUAUUUUUACUAGUGGCUCUGACGUAGAAAGUCUUAGGGAAAAACAGGUUGUUUAGCAAGGUUAGAUAAAGAUGUUUUUGCUAGGGGCUCUGAUGUAGAAAAUCUUUCAGUACAAUUUGAAGUUUAGAAAAGUACACUGAAUAGUAAAGCCAGGGACAUUUUUAAGGUUGGUGAACAGACACAAAUGCCCAAGAUAGCCUUGGCUGACAUGACACUCUCUAGUUGGUCUGGUGACUGAGACAAUUGAUUUCCUUAUACUUGUUUUUGCCUUCAACUUCCUGAUAUGACUUAAUAAAAAUUAUUGGUGAACAGA